AUGACAGCCGCGGCGAGCUUUGCCGAAUCUGACGAUGACGCCAUGACAACGACGACCUCAAGAUAUGAGAGUCUGCACGAAAUGAGAAGAGACUCGUGGAAUGAUCAUGACCACCAUCAAGAAGAUCAAGGACAGCAAGACUCCAAACAGGAAGCCGAUGUGCUGAGCUCUUGCUCCAGCUCCGACGACGAAGUAGACCAGGAGGAUGACACUAAUAUUGAGCGAAUUCUUCAAAAGAGUUGCGAAGAGGAAAUUCAACGAUAUCUUCAAGAGGAAGAUGGAGAACAAACGCUGCAGCAAUCCACACCCCAAAAGACCCCCUUGGAUUCCAUUCCUGUCUCCAAUGCCAAUAAUAAUGCGACAUCUGAAGCACUGAUUGAUCCAGAAACUCUACCAGAUUUACCACUGGAAAUUGGAGAUCACGUGUAUCAAUGGCGCAGUUUUGCAGGAAUUCCAGGAGUCUUCCAGCAUCAUGGCAUUGUCAUGGACUGCACUCGCGAUGAAGCCGGAGAUGGAUAUGAGUUGCAAAUUGCCGAUUUCUCCUGUAUUUUGAGGGCACCGUCCAGCACUACCAAGAAACACUCCCCAAAUGACAGCACAAGAAUCCAACGAACACAAAGCAUUGACAUGAUUACAGGGCUGCAGUUGGAAGACAAGGUACCCUUCGCCCUGCAUCCACACGGUGUGCUGCGUGUGUACAAUUCUACCUCCAAGGACCCAAAAUGGCACAAGGUGCUUUACCGUGCCAGUGUUUGGAAGACUAGUUUAUGGAGAUCAGGAACGUGUACUUGCGUACCUUCGGAUCCUCCCGGCAAGGUUUUGGCACGGUGCUAUUUCUUGAUGGAGAACCCACAGCUCCUUCCACCCUACCACAUUUUUAGAAGCAACUGCGAGUGCGUUAGUCUAUGGUGCAAAACAGGUCAAUGGAUGACACUACAAGCAAGUUCCCUGCUCUCCUUGACGGCAGCAGGUCAAUUGAAAAGUACAGCGACAAUUGCAGCCUAUGCCGCGUCGCAAACUACAACCGUUUCGGCUCCGGCUGCCGGGAUUUGGGGAUAUCUAGGCUAUACGACUUCCACGCAGGUUAGUCUGUUGACCACACAACCUCACUUGGUUCCACUGUUGGCAGCCUAUGGCGUUGUGACUGCUGGUGGGCCAACCUUUGUGCUAUGGAGAGCCAACAAGUUCUGGGACAAGACUACAGAACGGCUCAAUGAAGAGUUUUGGAACCAUGCUUUGAAAGAUCCAGACUUCUUUGCUCAGUCCUUGUUUCAUUGGAGUGAGAAACACAAAGCGUUUGAAAGGUGA